AGCCAUCCCAAGAUCUGCUGUAGGCAUAUUUUGAUGUAUUUUAGUGCAAGGUGAGUUUCUGAGGCAAUGAUUGCCUGCUUCUGUAAAUUGUAAAAUUAGCAGCAUGGAAAGGGACAUUUGAAUAACUCCCGAAAAGGUACUCUAUAUUUACAUCUUAAAAUUUUCUACUUUUUCUGCACUUUUUUUUUAAAGCAAAAUAUCGACCUUUUUCAGUUUUGCAUCAUGAGUCACUGUUGAAAGUCGGAUUUAUGCAUUAGAAAGAGUCUAAUUCCUCGCCUCCCUGUUCCCAUAGUAACUCUCCUGGCCGUGCUAGGAGAAGUGAAGGCUGCAUUUCAAGUACCACCAGCCCUUCCACUGCUGAGCUGCUCUGCAAUAAUGAAGAAUAUUUUAAAAGUUGGUGAAACUAUUGAAAGCACAGAAAAGUGCUAGCACUUACAAAAUAUGAAGCGUUGCAAGAGUUCCUUUUAUGUGCGGGCUGUUUGAUGUUAGGACAGUCACUGUUACAGGGUUUGGAUGCGCUGGUGUCUCAGCGCUGUGGCUGCUGUGAACAUCACUCGGCUUCUCUGUAAGGGAAACACAACGUGAGGGCGACCUUGUGGGAUUUUUCUAGGUGGUGAUGUUGCUGUAGAAACAAUGUGAUUUUUAGAAACGUAGGGGAUUUUUAGUAGCAGAGACAAUUCUGUGCUCCUCAGGAUGUCCCAGACAUCUCACAAACAGCAACGGCCCAUUGCAGUUCUCUGUUAGGCUAGAUGUGGGAAAAUGUUUUGGCAAGCCAGAAUAUCCUCAGGAAAGAAUACAGAAGCAAAAAUGUGAGGUAUGAGGAGAAAUUAAAUGAUGAAUAGUGAAAUUUCCUUAUUUUCAGCAACUCUUAAGCAGCUUCCUGAAACUGAAGCUCAGAAUUGGAACAGAGCUAUGGUACUUUAGAAAGGGGAAAACCCCCAGUACUUAAUUCCAGCUUUUACUAAACCUCUGUAAUUUACAUUUCUUUUCUCACCUUUUCCACUGGUACACCUAACACUUGCUGCAACAUAAAGUAGACUGGCUUUUCUCAUCUUUAGUCCAUAGCACUCUCUUCCCACAGAUGAUGCUGAGUUAUAUAAAUUAUCCCCUUUACAUUUUAUAUUUCAGGAAAUGUAAAGAAAUCCCAAAUGAAGAAAUAUUGAUGCUGUUCUCCUCCAGAAUAUAAUACAAUGUAAUAUGUGACACAGUCUUGGUUUUAUAGAUCAUGCUGGAAAGGCUCACUGCAGUUUAGAGUGGUGAGACUAGGAAUGGUCACAGGAUGUUCUAUUUCUCCCUAUAAGCACUAGAAGGAAGUUACUUAACAAGGAAGUUCUCUGCCCACAUGUCUCUUGGCAGUUGAUUGGCACUGGCAUCUUAGAAAAGGUGAAAAGUUCUAAUAAAGUUUGUCCUGCAAUCAGGACAGAUAAUGAAUCCACAUGAAGUUUAAAAGCAUGAGCUCCUUUUCUUCAGGGUGGGCAGUAUGCCGUCCUCUGGGCAAACAGCCUCUUUGCACUGAUUUCAUAUUUUAAUCACUUGGAAACUGGACAAAGAAGAGUUUUGUCAACAGUCACAGGCCAGGUUGAUGGAAAUAAAAUACAGCAUUCAAUUUGAUCUUCAAAUUUUAUCUCUUGCUUGUUGGCAGCACAAGUAACAAUGACUCUUUCUUAAGCAGUUUCUUGUAGUGGCUGGCAGCAGCAUUCUCCACUGGGCUCUGUGGCUGUGAGGAAUGGCCAUGGAAGAUCCUGACAGGAAGACUGAAGUGGUACUGCUGGCCUGUGGGUCCUUCAACCCCAUCACUAACAUGCACCUGAGGCUGUUUGAGCUGGCUAAAGACUAUUUCCAUGAAACAGGAAAAUACAAAGUAAUCAAAGGCAUCAUUUCACCAGUGGGUGAUGCAUAUAAGAAGAAAGGUCUGAUCAGUGCCAAUCACCGAGUGACAAUGGCAAAACUGGCUACAGAAAACUCAGAUUGGGUGGAAGUUGAUGACUGGGAAAGCUGCCAGAAUGAGUGGUUGGAAACACUAAAGGUUUUAAGGUAUCAUCAUCAAAAGCUUUUAUCUGCUGAUGUCACUAAUAGUCUGCAGGAUGCUGUACCCAUAACAAAGCUGGGACGGAAAAGAAAACAGGAACCAAAUAGGCAUGAGCCCAUUAAAAGGAAGAAUCAGAGUCCGGUUGUAAAAAGUGUCCCACAGGUUAAACUGCUUUGUGGAAGUGACAUGCUGGAAUCUUUUGGGAUCCCCAAUCUGUGGAAGUUGGAGGACAUCACUGAAAUUGUGGAAAAACACGGCCUUGUGUGUAUCAGUAGGGCAGGAAACAAUGCUCAGAAGUUCAUCUAUGAGUCUGAUGUUUUGUGGAGACAUAAGAAUAACAUUCACCUCGUGGAAGAAUGGAUUACAAAUGAUAUUUCCUCCACCAAGAUCCGGAGAGCCCUGCGGAGGGGCCAGAGCAUUCGUUACCUGGUGCCGGACGUGGUUCGGGCGUACAUCGAGAAGAACAGGCUGUACAGCCCGGAGAGCGAGGACAGGAAUGCUGGGGUAGUCCUGGCUCCCUUACAGAAACAUGCCAGUGACCCCAGGAGCUCACAGGCACUGAACAACUGACUGACUGCCUGCUGUGAAAAAGACUACAGUACAGGAAAGUGUGUUUCCUGGGGCUUGGCUGGGGGGUUUUCUGAGGUAUACAGUGGCCUAAUUCUGUACAUCUGAGUUAGUAGUGAGGUUUGGUACACUCAGUGAUUGGAGCUACACAACCUUCUUCAAGUCCUGUAAUAAGAUCUUCACAAUUUUAAUGUUUUGUCCCAGUGCACUGAAGUGAGUAUAAGAAUUCACAUUGGUACAUGAAAACUGCAAAUGUAUAAGCAAAACAAAUGCAAAUGUUCUGAUCAGUUUUAACUCAAAUUGCUCUACUAUUUAUAAAACAGUAACACAAGUAUUUUUAAUAAUUUACAGUGUCUUAACAAAGUUACCUGGUUUCAAGAUGUACCUCAAAAAGAAAAUGUAGCUCUAUCCUGGAAGCGAAGAAUUUCCUGGCUGAGGUGGUGCUGGGUAGAGCACACUUUCAGCUGCUCACCUUUGAGAUAUGCAGCUGCCUGUUUGCUGUCAUGCAGUUUGCUUCCAGAAAUGUCUUGUACUUUCCUUUUCCGUUCAUGUUUCCAGGGCUGUAAUAUUAAGCUCAGUAUUGUUUCUGAUGGAUGGACAAACCUACCUCAGGAACUGGUUUAAAGCCAUUGAUUUUAUAGAUAGAAAUUAAUAAUAGUGUCAUUGCACUGAUUCUCAUACACUUGUCCCUUUAUUACAAAUAAUACAUUUAUUUUAAAAUAAUAAAGUAUCUUUUACUUUUGAGCCA